AUGGCCGGCACUUGCUCGAUGUUGUGCCUCAUUAUCGUCACCAUAUUCAUCCCUCCUCUCGGUGUCUUUCUGCUCUCAGGCUGCGGAGUAGACUUCUGGAUCAAUGUCUUGCUCACAAUUCUCGGGUACUUCCCCGGACAUAUCCACGCCUUCUAUCUGGAAUACAUCUACUACGAUCGACGUGACACCGAUCCACUGACUCGUGCCUCUCAACGACCUGCACCGGGCGUCUACUCCAACCGGAUCCAGACUGGAGGUCAUCCUCACACACAAGCGGACCGUCAUUACGGUACCUGA